UGUUUUGCGAGCGGCGCGUAGCGAUUUCUUCGUCGCUGAAUUUUUUUUGACUAUCGCUGGCCGUACGCUGUUGUUGUUGCUGAGGCUUAUGCGGUUUUUUAAUUAAUGCUGAUUUUUUAAAUUAAAUUAAUCAGCUGCUAUACGCUUGCCAUCAAACGAAAUCAAGUGCUAUCGAAUGUGAGUGGAAAAUGUCAGCUAUACGCUGGUAAAACGUGAUUUACCCACUGCUGCAAGCUGAAAAGGUGCGAUGGUGCCAAAAAUAAAAGGAAAAAGAGCAAAUUAAGUACCAAACGGGAAGUUAUUCCUGCAAAUAGCAGCACAAAAAAGAAUCUGCGAAUUUGCAAAUUUAAAAGAGUGGAAGUGCCGUAAAAAGUAAAAAAGAAAAAAUAAGAAAAGAAAAAUUCAAUUUUGGUGCCGCAUUCAAUUCAAUUGUGUGUUUUUUAUGAAUACAGCCAUCGUGUUUUCGUUUGCUGAUUUGCCGAUCCAUUUGCUUUGCGUCUGCCGGUUUGAAUUCUUUUUCGCCUGUUGUUGUGCUAUUGCGUGCGUGGUGUAUUUGCGCAUGUGUUUGUGUUGCGAUCUCAUACGUACAUAUGUGUGUGUGUGGUGCGACGUGUGGAGCAAGUGGCAUGCUGCAUUGUCAGCCCAUCGUUUGCUGGAGGUAACGUGAACACAGCUGCAACGGCAGUAACCGCCAGCAUCCGCAAUAACAGCAGCCAAACCAAAGAGAAUUUAUUUAAGUGAGCAUAAUUGCCUGUGUUUUCCUCGUUUUCUGUGGUUGUCUUUACAACGGUUUAAUGCCGGCUGGAGAUGACGACGGUGUUGUAAGACAGUGCUAUUGUGAUUCGCAAUUAUCAACUACUUAUUGGCUGUUCCAAACGCUUAUAGGCGGUUAUCACUGUUUUGGGCUGCUAACCAUCAACCGGCUUGUUCUUCGCUCAUUACAUUCCGUCUGCAUAGCAUAGCCAUAUUUCCAUUGGAUUUUCUCAAAUUCCACAAACUGAUCAUGCGAAGAUCUGCGCUUAGUCGAAAUCAUUACUUUGUUUUUGGUAUCCUGGUGGGAUUGGCGCUGAGUUUCUACUUGCCCGAAGAUGUUUGGGAUCUGGUGCAACAAGAGGAAUGUCCUCAAGAGAUUGCUGAAAAUAGUCUAAUCGAGAAGUUCGGACAAGACUUUGAACCACAUUUGAAUUUGAUAAGCAAACCUUUGGCAGCUAAGAAACCGGCGAAGAAUGUCAAUCGGCCGCGUUAUUACUCCUCCGAGCUGGGCAUACGCGAGAAAAUCUUCAUUGGCGUCAUGACAUCACAGGACAACAUCAAUACACUAGCCACAGCGAUCAAUCGCACCACAGCGCAUUUAGUGAAUAAGAUAAAAUUCUUCAUCAAUGCCGACAAUGUGAAAACGAACUACAAACUCAAGAAUAUUGUCGGCUUCACAGAUACUCGUGAAAGUUUACGUCCAUUCCAUGUGAUAAAAUACAUUGCAGACAAUUACCUCGACGACUAUGAUUAUUUUCUGAUUAUGCCAGAUACAGUUUACGUGGAUGCACGCAAAUUGAAAGCAAUGCUCUAUCACAUCAGCAUCACAUUCGAUCUGUAUAUGGGUGCGAAAUUGGAGCAAAACAUCGCCGCAGACGGUGAUAGUGUUUAUGCGGCGGCGGCGACAGGGGCGGCGGGUGAUCGCUCUGCAAAUUCCAAUGGUGUUAAUGAUCUCGGUACUCAAAGUGAUCGUAAUUACUGUGAUUUAAAUGGUGGCAUUUUGCUGAGCAGCAGCGUCAUAAGGAAGAUGCGCAACAAUUUGGACUGGUGUGUGAGGAAUGGCGUCACCAAUGUGCACAGCGUCAACAUCGGACGGUGUGUAAAGUAUUCGAGCAAUUUGUCAGGAUGCCAGUCGAGCUUUCAGGGGGUGCAUGAAGACAUGUACACGUUGCAGCCACAUGUGAAAUUGUUUAAGGAUUUAAAUAUCCUUGCCAGAGAUGCGACCUUCCGAAGUGCAACUUUAGUGUACCCCGUAACAUCUAUGGACGACUUUUAUCGUUUGCAUGCCUAUUACUCCAGGUAUCAUUUAGAAUUAGUACAACAACGCAGCUUCGAUUUGGAGCGUAAAUCCUAUCGGAUAGCCAACGGUUCAAUAUCAAAUAACAUACUCGAAAUACGCUGGCCACUUGGUGUGCCACUUGGUUCUGCGCCCGAAACGCGGCAUGACAUCAUAACAUGGCAUCUCAUCAACCACACACACAUCUUUCUGCCCAAUGCCGAAAAUGUGGUCGAGCCGCUGAGUCACAACGAAAAGUUGGAUUUUGAUAGAGUGCUUGAAAUUGCGAUUGCCUACGCCAAACGGAAGCAUCCGCAUUUGCAGUUUGUCAACUUGCAUACAGUCUACAGGAAAUUCGAUGCGACGCGUGGCAUGGAUUAUCAAUUGCAUUUAAAUUUGCGUGACACCAGCCGUACAGAUGAGUUGGUGACGAAAAGUUUUCAAGUUGUUAAGCCACUGGGGCGCGUUGAGGUGAUACCAUCGCCAUAUGUCACCGAAAGUACACGCAUUGCCAUUAUGGUGCCCACUUUUGAGCAUCAAGCAGAGGAUGGUAUUAAUUUCAUAGCGGAAUAUGAACGCAUUUGCAUGCAAAAUCAGGAUAACACAUUUCUACUGAUGAUUUUCCUCUAUCGAUACGAUUCCAUGAGCAAAGGUGACAACGAUCCAUUCAAAAGUCUCAAAACGCUCGCUUUAGAUCUAUCAACAAAGUACAAAAAUGAUGGUUCGCGCAUAGCUUGGGUAUCCAUACGCCUGCCGUCAAUACUUAGUGAUGCGCCACCACCCGAGGAUAUUAUGCUCAACUCCGUGUAUGGACGUAAUGAAAUAUUAAGUGUUGUGGUGGCAGAUUUGGCGCUGCCCAAAAUCGGACUCGAUAGUCUUGUGCUGAUGGCGUCAACCGAUAUCACUUUCAAAGCGGACUUUUUGAACCGAGUUCGUAUGAAUACCAUUCAGGGUUUCCAAAUAUAUUCGCCCAUAGGCUUUAUGAUGUAUCCAUGCAGGUUGGCGCACUUUUGUAAGGAAUGUGAAUCGUGUGAUGUCAGUCAAGGAACCGGCUAUUUUGAUAAAUGGAAUUACGAUCUAACAGCGUUCUACAGUCGUGAUUAUGUGCAAGCACGCAAACUGAUUGAAUCAACAUUGCCAAUAACGCGCUCCGAUAACGACAUUGAGCAGUUACUUAGCCGAACAGAUCAAACGAUUACCACUAUUUUGGAUAUGUUUGUCGCCUCGCAACUGCCGGUGCAUAUCCUACGUGGCACCGAACCCAAUUUGCGUUAUGGCAACGAGAUCAGGAAUUAUAUCAACAGUGGUGGAAAUAUAUUGAAAUGUCCGGCGCUAGAUGAUGGAGCGCACCGUUUAUCCAAUGAAAUACCACAGCGCUAUGAUGCGCUAAGGCCAGAGGUUGACACAGCAAACGAUGAGGCCGGCUUGCACAGUCGCAAAUGCAUUCACUUGGCGUCGAGAAAACAAAUUGGCGAUGCCAUUAUACGGUACGAAGAUCGAAGUAUAUUGCACAAAUAAUUUGCAACAACACAAAGUAAAAUGAAAAAAAAAACAAUAGAAUUCUUGGGGUUGCGUGAAGUUACUGCAAUGAUUUCUUGCACGCAUUUCAGAACACGCGCGUGGCUAUGACACAGUAAAACUGCAAACUAGCCAACCUGCGUGUGAUGUAUGUAAACUUUUUAAUGCUCAAAUUUGCAUGAUAAUGUAAAUAUUAGCUUAAUUCUUGCAAACUUUUAAUUUAAGGAGAUUCAAAACUAUUUUGCAAAAAGCAACAAAUUCAUACUCCGCUUGUGUGUUAGUUAGUCUAUUUUGCCAAAAUGCUUGCGCUCUAUUAAAUAAGAAAUGCGCGCAAAUUUGUAUUAAAUGUAAAUCUGUGUGUGUUUUAAGUGAAAUUAAUUUAUUAUUUUAGUUUUAAGAUGGUUGGUUGAGCGCAGCUAAUUCCUAUCGAUUGAAUGUAACGAAAUGACUUUUAUGUACAUGUACAUACAAUAGGCUUAGAAUACAUACAUACAUAUGUAUGUGUAAGUAUAAGUAUAUAUGUAUGUAGUUGUAGGCGGAAGGCAAAGUGCCUUCCGAUUGCAGUUGUUUUUUUACGUAGUAUGGCUGUUAUAUGUUUUGUCUAUGUCAACAAAGUAGAAAUGCCCAAACUUGUCCUUUCCAAAUUCAGAUAUUUACAUAUAAGCAAAAACAAAAAAAAAAAGAAUAUACGUAUACGUUUAGGUAAAUAAGCGGGUCUAAAUUAUGUAAAAAUUUGGUGUUUAGUUACUAUACGAAAUGUGCACAUAUACACAUACAUAUGCACGUGCAUAUGUAUUUGCGGUUUUCAAACUACACGUACACAUUUUCAGCUUGUCACGCAGAUCCUAUAAUUAGCGUUUAAGUAUUGUAUGUUCAUCUCGCCAUGACUGCCAAGUAUUCAGUUUGCAUAAACCACAUAAUGUUAAACUUUUUUUUUUUAAUUUGUCUAUAUGUAUAUUCUAUAUAUUAUAAAUAGAUAAGUGCAAGAAUUUAAUUCCUUAUGUAAGCAAGGAGAGAGCUAAGUAUUUGUAGUCUGUUACUUUGGUGUAGUAUUUUUCAGCAAUCUAUUUAAGUGGUUUCUAGUUUCUUUCUACCUCUUCCACAUUUUCCAUUUGAAGCUAUAAAGAUAAUAUAACGGAAUUUGUAAAUAGACAUACAUACGUAUGAUUAGUUUUAAUACUCUCCUACCUAUGCAAUCAAUGUUGCAUGACUAAAGGUGCCAAAGCUUUUAAAUUUCUAAUUAAUAGA